AUGAAGAUAGAAGCUAAAAAAAUCCACUGCGUCUUUGCGUGGUCAUGGGAUAUUCCGGGGGAUUGUCAAGAUGGUACACAGGGGCCUAGUGAAGAAGACGUAUGCGGUAUUUGUCGUGUAAGCUACAAUGGGACAUGCCCCAACUGUAAGUUCCCGGGUGACGACUGUCCGCUGGUGAUUGGGGAUUGCAAUCACAACUUUCAUGUCCAUUGCAUUCAGCAGUGGUUAGAUACGCCAACUGCCAAGGGAUUGUGUCCUAUGUGCCGCCAACUUUUCUCCUUAAAGAGAGGUGUGUCGAUCAAUGAAGCGCAGGUGGAAAAAUUUGCCCAUUUACUGAUGAAGUCACGGCCCACUGCACUUACAACUGAUGAGGAAGAUAUCAUGAUGGAUCAAGAGUUUUUAGUGAGGUGA